AUAUUAUAGCCCCUGAAAAGUGCGGAUAUAAACAGCUAGUGGUAUGGAAAGUGCAAAUACAAAGUGCCUCUUCAAAAGAUAAUGUGAGUGAUUGAAUAAUAAUUCUUUAAGCAUUCUCUUUUCUUAUUUAGAAAAGCAUUUCUGUGUUGCAGAUGGACUGUCUUGUGUUGAGCCUGAGCCAUCUCAGGUGCCAGGUCACAGUUCUAGAGACCAUCAGCAAGGUUCAGAAGAAGAACCCAGUCCUGUCUUGAAAACUUUGGAAAAGAGUGCUACUAGGAAAAUGCCUUCCAAAAGUCUAGAAGACAUUUCAUCAGAUUCACCAAAUCAAGCAAAAGUAGAUAAUCUGCCAGAAGAAUUAGUACGUAGUGCUGAAGAUGAUCAAAAAGCAGAUCAGGAACCAGAUACAAAUGAAUGCAUACAAGGAAUUUCCACAGUGCCUUCACAACCUGAUAAUCAGUUUUCCCACCCUGACAAACUCAAAAGGAUGAGCAAGUCUGUUCCAGCAUUUCUCCAAGAUGAGAGUGAUGACAGAGAAACAGAUACAGCAUCAGAAAGCAGUUACCAGCUCAGCAGACACAAGAAGAGCCCAAGCUCUUUAACCAAUCUUAGCAGCUCCUCUGGCAUGACGUCCCUGUCUUCUGUGAGCGGCAGUGUGAUGAGCGUUUACAGUGGAGACUUUGGCAAUCUGGAAGUGAAAGGAAAUAUUCAGUUUGCAAUCGACUAUGUGGACUCAUUGAAGGAGUUGCAUGUCUUUGUGGCCCAGUGUAAAGACUUAGCAGCAGCAGAUGUUAAAAAACAGCGCUCAGACCCAUAUGUAAAGGCCUAUCUGUUACCAGACAAGGGCAAAAUGGGCAAGAAGAAAACACUUGUAGUGAAGAAGACCUUGAAUCCUGUGUAUAAUGAGAUACUGCGGUAUAAAGUCGAAAAGCAAAUCUUAAAAACACAAAAGCUGAACCUGUCCGUUUGGCAUCGAGAUACAUUUAAGCGCAAUAGUUUUCUAGGGGAAGUAGAACUUGACUUGGAAACUUGGGACUGGGACAACAAACAGAAUAAACAACUGAAGUGGUACCCUCUGAAGCGAAAGACAGCACCAGUUGCCCUUGAAGCAGAAAACAGAGGUGAAAUGAAGUUAGCUCUCCAGUAUGUUCCAGAUCCAAUUCCUGGUAAAAAGCUUCCUACAACUGGAGAAGUGCACAUCUGGGUGAAGGAAUGUCUCGAUCUACCUCUGCUAAGGGGCAACCAUCUAAAUUCUUUUGUUAAAUGUAUCAUCCUUCCAGAUACAAGUAGGAAAAGUCGCCAAAAGACAAGAGCUGUAGGGAAAACCACCAACCCUGUCUUCAACCACACCAUGGUGUAUGAUGGUUUCAGGCCUGAAGAUCUGACAGAAGCCUGUGUAGAGCUUACUGUCUGGGACCAUUACAAAUUAACCAACCAAUUUUUGGGUGGUCUUCGGAUUGGCUUUGGAACAGGUAAAAGCUAUGGCACUGAAGUGGAUUGGAUGGACUCUACUUCAGAGGAAGUUGCUCUCUGGGAAAAGAUGGUGAAUUCCCCCAACACUUGGAUUGAAGCAACCUUGCCUCUCAGAAUGCUAUUAAUUGCCAAGAUUUCAAAAUGAACUCAACAUUGACUGGCUCCUCCACUAAAAACCACUAAACAGGUGGAAUCUGAUCUUGAAAAUCUGACUGUGUGGACAGAGUUCUCACCUGCUACCUAUUUCCACUAACGGAUGCCACACAGCAUGUUCAAGUCAACCUGCAUGUGCUUCUUUGGUUACAAGGCCCAAGAGAUUUAAAUGAUAAUAAACAGUCUAACUUAUUUGUGCCCUCAACAUUAAAGAAGAUAUUUGAGAAAGCUAGCAAAAUCAAAUGGUACUGAGGCUUCAGAGAAAACGCUAUCAAAAAAUAUUAAAUAUGGGGUGGUGUUAACGAGCAACAUUUUCUAGUUUGCUGUUGUGUGUUUCACACCACAAUUUUGUGCGACGGUUUGGAGGGCCUGCUUCUCGGUGGUUGAAAACCCUUGCAGGAACUGAAAAUAUAGUUUUUGUAAAAGAGGGACAGAAAAACACUCCUAUAAGAAGUGGGGGGGGGGAUAUCAGUGAUGAUAAAGAAUUUGACUAUAAGAAAACGAUAUACUCUAUAAACUCUAUUAUGAUAUGGAAUUCCGUGUUAGGGAAUUGAGACUGAAUUUAUUGCAUGUAUUUCUUUCUGCCUUUGAAACUGCUUUCCACCCGGCCCCCAAUGUCAAAGUCUCAGAUGUGCUUUGGUGCCACCUCCUGGCUCAUAGGUGGAAUUCAGUUUUUGGCUUAAUUUUCUCCCAAGCUCUCAACCCUGUAUUUUGUCAUAGACUAUGUGAAAAAACCAAAAACCUUGCAUAUAUAAGAUUCUGGUUUUCCUGUAACUCUACUAUAUGAAAUUAGCAUGAGAGUGGUCACAGGCAUGUUUUGCAACAAAGUUUUAAUUGAAUGUAAAUUGUUAAACUUUGCUUCCUAUGCAUAAUUUUCAUACAGUAUUUUGUAAAAACCCUUAGAAGAAAUUAUAUGAUUUAAUUGUGUUGUCAAGUUAAAUAGACUUCUUAUUUUAAAUGAGAUACUUCAUGUUAGAAGUCCUAAAAUCUUAAAUUCCCAGCAAGGCUAAAGAAUUGGUAAGCUAAUAUUUCUCGAGUCUUUACUGUAACUCUGGACAUCAUUUCCUCUGAAUGAGAUGCUUUGACCACGUUGUUGAAAGUGGAAGUUUUUCUUUUAAAGAAGUAGUUGAAAAGCAUUGAAGAUAUGUUAAUAUUUAUUUGAAAGGUUUUCCACAGAGACAUUUUUUGGGUCAUUUUAGGAUAUAAAGCAUGACUCCUCCUUAGGACCCAGCUUGCUUGCCUUUCUCAAAACAAGCACUGUAGGUUAGGUGGGGUCUGGAUGGUCAGGAGUGUGAAACCUUACUACAGGUGUCUAGGAAACAUCACUGAAAAUGACUAGUGUGCUUGUCUCCUCUGAACAGAUGUUAGAACCUCUAUCCACUUGAAACACGUGAGAAACUUCUGCCCAGUAAGAGCGGCUAACUUAGAACCCCCUUCCUGUGGUCUCUCAAGGUCUUUUAGCGAGAUGUGUAGUCUAGCUCUAUUUCCUGAUCCUGCUCUGACCACAAGGAGGGGCACGAGCUGAGUGGAGGCGCAGCUCCCAGGUCGAAAGUACAGAUCCUGUUCCAGCUCCUGCCGCUUCACGGGGCCAGCUCUUUCUCAGCCCUUCUUUCAGUUGCCUGCUCAGCCACCUCCCAGCAGCCAGCCAGCUCUGAAACACUGUGAUUGGUUCUAGUGUCUCCCCAUCUAGGACUGGGACUGCCUGCCUCCUCCUAUUCUCAGAUCCCUGACCUGCAAAACACCAGAGUGGUCAGUAGAAGCACCUUUGGUAUCCAAAUGAUCAGGGUUUGAAUUCUGGCUCUACCACUCAGGGUGACAUGGGGUAACUUGUUCAACCUCUCUGUGCCUUCGUUUCUUUGUUCCCUGCAAACUAUAAAAUGUAUAUACUAAUGCCUACCUUUCAAGAAUAUUGUUAGAAUUAAAUGGGAGAAGAUGUACAAGUGCCUAGUACUGUGCAGGUUAUAUAGAAGAACUCUGGAGAUAGUAGAUUCAAAAAAAACCAGACAUUAAAAGACUUACAGGCAAGUGGAGGGGACUCAUUGGUCACCACUAGGGAGAGCAUCAGCCCAGUUUUAGGCUUUGAACUUCUGGGGAGGAAAUAUAUUGGAUAAUUUCAGGAUCAAAGGUAGGUGGGGGAAAAAAUGGUAGAGCAAGGAAAACAACCAUGGCAGAGAGGAGCCCAGGGUCAUUAUUACUAAAUGGAAGUUCUCUCAGAAAAGAGAUGGUAUCUAAUUUAUUAAUGUAUACUUAGCCUCUAGCACCACACUAUACCUAGUAGCUGUUUGUUCAGUAAAUAGGUAAAUGAAUAUUGAUUAGGGUCUUGUGAGAUUCUCAGACUUGACAAGUUAUCUAUGGACUUCGUUUUUUAAAAUAAUUUUAACAUAGAAAUGUAACCAAUUUUUAAUGUGGAAAAUCUACUUAAUCAACAAAUGUCACCAAGCAUUCACUAUGUGCAAGGGGCAUAGAAAGGUGGAGGGGGGUAGGGGAAGCAUCCAUAAGCUUAUCCCUCAAGAAACAACUGCUGUUAACACUGAGUAUUUUUCUGUCAUGUUUUCUUUUCUUAGGAAAUAUAUUCUGUGAAUUCACUUUACUACAUCAGACAACCAUAUGUGGUAAUCAGCAAAUAUAUUCAAUAUAUCUGUGACCCUUUUUUUUAUAUGAAGAUGACUGUUCUAAUUUUCUAGUCACUUGUUUCAACUUUGUAAGUUCCAUUUCAGUGUAUGAGCUUGAAAUUUAAGGAAAAGAAGAGGAAUGAGGGGGAAAUACAAAUAAGUUUAGUUCACUUUUUUUGAUAUUUAUUUUUGAGAGAGACAGAGCACACGUGAGCACCAAGUGUGGGAGGGGCCCAGAGAGAGGGACAGAAGAUCUGAAGCAGGCUCCGCACUUGAGCAGUGAGCCUGAUGUGGGGCUCAAACUCAUGAGCCAUGAGAUCAUGAGCUGAGCCGAAGUCAGACACUCAACUGACUGAGUCACCCAGGCGCCCCUAAUUCAUAUUUGUGAAGUCUUUGGAAUCCACUUUCAUAAAACCUCAAUAUCCUACAAUUUAAGUAGUUAUUAAAAUUUCAGUUCAGGAAAUUUCCUAGUCUUCCAACAUUGCUUUCCCUUUACAGACAUGAAACCCUGAUCUCUGAGACCAAAGAUCAGAUUAUUUCUCAUCUGUUUUCCUUCUGGUGAAAUCUGAAGCAUUUGAAAAUCCAUCCAACAUCUACAAUGACACUCAGGCUUUUUCCUGAUCAUCAUGACUUGAGAGAUGAAGUCCGAACACCAGAAACAGUGGUCAUAGCAAUAGUCACUAGGAUCAUUCUGAAUUUUAAGAUUUUUAUCUUUUUUUCUUCACUUAUAUUUCUAGCAUAAAAAUUUCCAUGCCAUUAAAUUACCUACAAGCAUGAUAAUGUUUAAUAGCUGCAUAAUCUCCUAAGAAAAUAUAAUUUCUUAACAUUUUCUCUUUUUUGGACAUUGAGGUUUCCAACUUUUAGUUGUUAUAAACCACACUGCAGUGAAAAAUUUUAUCUUUUGGAUUAUUUCCUAAGCAAAACUCUCCCCCAAAAGGGCAAUCAUUAGUUUAAAAAGCAUAAAAAUGUUUUUAGUCCUCAAUAUGUGCUGUCAACUGAUUUUCACCAAUAGUGUGAGAGUACCUAUUUCACUAUACCCUCACCAGUCCUGGGUAGUCUUAAAAUAGGGGGAAAAUUGUGACUAAAUUGAUGGAUGAAAUGGUAUCUAACUUUAACUUAUUGGAUCACCGAGGGGGUUCAAUCCUUGCCCAUUUUCCCCCCUUCAUCUGUGAAUUUGUUUCUCUUUUUAGAUGUUAAUGCUUUAUUUAUUUGUUCAGGCUCUAUAAAAAUAUAAAUUUAUCAUCUGUCAUCUUUAUGGUGGAUAUUUUUCCUGGUUUUUGAAAUUUGCCUUCAACAUCUAUUCACCACACAUUUAUCUAAGCCUCCCCAAGGUGCCAGGCACUUGUCAAGUAUCAAUGAUGGAACAGUCACAGCCCCUGCCCUUAAUGAUCUCAGGGCUUAAUAGGGGGAGGCAGGCAGGUGAGCCAUGAGUGCAAUAAGGCUUUCACAGUUUCCAUUAGAAUUGUGAACAGUCUCCAGUGGAUGCACCAAAAGAGGUGAGCAGUCAAUUCUACAUGUGGGGGCCAGGAAAGGCUUCACAGAGGAGAUGAUUCUCAACUGAGUAUUGAUGCUCAAUAAGUGAGUAGAGUAACAAAGGACAAGGUGGGAAAAGGCAUUCCAGGCAGAGAGAACACGCACAAACAAGGCCAGAGAGCUGGUUGGUUAGGGGAACAUCAGUAGUUGGGAUGGACUAGGAAGUAAAAUGUCAAGCAGGUCCUAAGGAACAAGGGGUUGGAGAGACCUCAGAGCUCACAAUUUAAAAAGUUAUAAGUAACUUGAGAUGUUCGGCAAAGUCCAAUUAAGCUUUUCCUUACUCCUCUUUUACAUAAUGAAUAAACUAAGACAGUC